AUGUACGACCUCACCGGAGCAGUGGAAGGCGACGGCGCAUCCACUGAGGACACAGAGGGAAGCGAAACAGAUCUACUGUGUGCGACAGACGACGAAGAAGACCUUGAGCGAGGCCUGCUUUUCCGUCCAGAGUCUUUGCAUGCAGCGCCUCGCAGCCCGCCCCCGACAAAGGAACACCACGACGAACCUGACGACACGGAGGACGACGAGGACGAAGACGAAGAAGAGCCUGGUCUUCUUAUGGUUACGCUCCUCCUGUUGAUCUUACCUGCAUUACUCUUCUAUCCCUGUGUACUCCCCUGCCUUCCUGAGGAGAGACAAGUUGCGACGGGUUGGACCUUCGGCCUGCUGCUAACCGCGACGCUCGGCACUUUGAUCCCAGUCGCUUUCAGCGACCCUGGAAUCAUUCCCCGAGAACCUUGUCCAACGGAGCUUCCUCGUGGAACGGACCGAGUAAAGUAUAUCACGAUCAACGGCGUCAGUGUCCCCCAGAAGUGGUGCACAACGUGCUAUUUGUACAGGCCUCCUCGCUCGAAGCAUUGCUCCGUCUGCAACAACUGCGUUCGGCGGUUUGACCACCAUUGUCCUUGGGUGUCGAACUGCGUCGGCGAACGGAACUAUCGCAUUUUCUUCUUCUUCCUCGUCUUCUGCGCCCUCUACUGUCUCUCGGCCGUCGUCGGCAUUGGCGUCGCCUUCCAUACGCAAAUUCACAGUCGAGGUCCUGCGAGCUUCGCGUCGGUUUGGAAGACCGUGAAGGGAUGCCCUCAUCUCGCGGUUCUCUUCCUUUACGGCGUGUGCUGCUCCAUCCCGGUCUUCCAUCUCUUGUUCUUCAACAUCUAUUUGAUUGCAAACAACCGCACAACAAACGAAGAGGCCUUGCAGCUAUUCACCAAGAAAAAUCCGUAUUCUCACGGCUGUAUCUAUAACGUCCGUCAAUUCAUGUGCCAUCGAGUCGGGCCUAGCUACGUGGCACAGACUGGGCGGGCGAAAACGUUCCCAGAGAGGCUUGGCGUCUUGGUCGAAUACUGCAAAUGCCCGGGCGUUUUCUUGCUGGCCUCGUCGAGGCGUCGCGGGUCUCAUCUCGACAAGCACCAUGACUUAUCUCAUCGGUCAUUCUGA